AUGUUUGACCAUGAUUCCGACAAGGCUCGUGCGCCAGGCUUUUCGCUUGAUGCCUAUAACCAUAUGAGGCACAAUGAUUACUUUUCCUCGGGAGACGGGUUUGGCUCCAUCGCUCCGUCCCAGCUGGCCAGGAUACCCGACGACAUGUCUCGCUUGGAUUCGCACGCAAUGGACUGGACGCCAACGCCCACUGGCCAUGGCUCUCAUUUUCGCAACGGCAACACCUUUAACGACCAAGAAGACUUGAUUGAUUUCGACGAGAUUCCGCAAGCACAACCCCAAGUCAGCGGUGUAGGACGCCUAGUGGCCCAAUUUGAGCACAAGGACUAUGUGCCUCCUCUGCCGCCCAGACCCAUCACCAACACCGCCUCGAGUCCUGCGGAAACAGACCCCUCAAUGUCCAACUCAUCUUUUUCCUCCUAUUUCAGCAGUUUGACCAGUGCUGCACAUGCCAAUCAUGCAGCAAGCCCCGUCGGUAGCCCUGUUGAUUCUCACUACGGAUCCUUUGGCGAUGUUCUCUCGAGGAUCACCAGUCCGCAUGAUGUCAACAGUAUGGAGUCUGGCUCGCCGCUCUUGAAUUUCGGAGCAUUCCCGCAUGCGCGCAUUGCGAGUCCCCACGUCAACGCCGUUCGGUCCCAUGUCGUUUCAGGCAUGCCUCAGUUUCCAGACGAGAGAACCCGGACUCCCUUUGGCGGGGAGACCAAGACCUUGAUGAAUACGGAAAGCAUGGAUACUACUGACUCUCACAUGUUUGACGAUGUCGAGCGCAACAUUUUGACUUUUUUAAAGUCUGACCUUGAAGGUAGCAACCGCCAAUAUAGCUUGCAAUCAACACGACAAGAGCCUCUGCAGAUUCGACAAGAACCUCUGCAGAUCCGACAAGAAACUCUACAAAGUCGGCAUGGAACUCCUCAUGCGGCUCAGCAGGUUAAUCUUGCGGCAGCCCAGUCAGUUCAUCGACAACCGAACCAGCCAUUGAGCAGUAGAGAUCAACCAUUAACAUCUCCAUUCACCCAAUUAAACCAGUCAGGCCAGUCUGUUCAACCGACCAAGCCACCUCAACACAUCCGGACGACUCAGCCCACCCAAUCCAGCCAACCAGUUGAGCCAGCUCAACAACCAACUCGCCAACCCAGCAGACAAAGCAGUCGCCAGUCGACACAGUCGCAGAAGAAGCCCCUCCAGGAUGGUUUUGGGAGCUCAACCACUUCCGGAACGCCAGGCUUCUCGGUAUGGCGUCCCCCCUCGUCUCCAGCAGUCAAACAAGAGCCGCCACCCGACAGCCCCAUGAUGUCUUCAAAAAACCUGUUCGAGAAACCGCCCGUUCCGCCCAAGCCCAAGCCGAUCCAGGAAACGCAUCAGAUAACAUUGGAUUUUACCUCAACCGCAAAGGGCAAGGGUAAGGCUGCGGUAAAGCCGCCAAAACCUCCCAAGCCACCUCGGUCGAGACUGCAAUUACCACCUCCUCCUCCCCGUCCUCGACUGGAUACCGCAAAUCUCCUCGCCAGCCCGAGCACGGAAAAGGCACCGCAGACACCUGCGACUCCGGCAACUCCUUCAACAACUGCAGAUGUUACUUCGCCCGGGUCUUUGGUAAGAUGCUCGACGGAUGCAUCCUCCGAGGCGAUGCUGACAUGCAAAAAGACCUUGAGACAGGCGGUGUCUGCGCUUCGAGGCCACGGCUUGCGUCCAGGCCGAGAGCUGGUCCCGGCAGAAGUUUGGGAACAGCACAAGUCCACCAUUCGCUCACUCUACCUGGACGAUCGCAAACCUCUCAAGGAAGUUAUGUCCAUCAUGGCGGAAAAGUACAGCUUCCAAGCAACGCCGAAAAUGUACAAGACUCGAUUUUCGCAGUGGGGAUUUGUCAAGAACAAUACUGAAGACGAAGUCAAGAGGCUCUUGUCGAUGAAGUUUCAGCGCGAUGCUGAAGGCAAGAUUUCCGAGUUUGUCCGCAACGGUCGGGUCGUGAACCUUGGCACCUAUCUCAAACGCAAAGGCGUUACAGAGUACGACCUCAUCGAUUUCGAGCAACCCGCGGACCUGCCGGCACACAUUCGCUGCCGAACACCAACACCGCCGCCGCCGCCCAUUUACUUUCACUCGCCCGAGCUGGUCCGCGCGCAAGAAAUCCUCGUCGGCAACAUUCGCAAAGCGUUCCUCCAGUGCCGCCAAUUCGAAAACGACGUCGGCACACAGGUUGGCUGGACAGUGGUGCAGACGUGGGGCGCCUGGUCUUCAGAGAUUCUCCUCGAGGCCAACUUUUUCUUCGAGGCGCUGGACACGGAUACUGGCGGACAGGCUCUCAUGCGGGCUUUCAAGCAGCUGGAAGAAGACUUGAAGACGCUCUCGCCGCUGGGAAUCUUUGAGCUCCUGACGGGCAUGGCGAAUCGUGACCUGGGCCUCGUGGCCUCGCUCUGCAAGUAUCUGGCCGCGCAUGCGACGACAAACCUGGAUCGGAACCACCCGAUGCGGGCCAUCUUUAGCUGCCUGUACGACGUGCAGCAGAACCACGGCGCCGCGGUGCUGUCGGAGCUGCUCUGGGGCUGCUCUCCGCUCUUUGCCAACGAGCUAGAAGCCAUCUACGGGCGACGACAUCCGUACGUGGUCCGCGCGUGGCUCGACCUGGCCUACUUUAACAACCACGUCAACUUUGACCGGCUGCAAAAGAUUGCGCUCGAGCUCCGCGCCGUGCACGCGCAGCUGGAGCAGAAGCAGGGCGAGACGGACCCCGAGGUGCUAGUGGUGCGGUACGCCGUCCUGCAGCUCCUGUACGCGACGGAGCCCAAGUCGGACAAUACCAAGCACGCGACGACGGAGCUCUGGGCGACGCUCAAGAGCAUGAAGGUGCUGUGCAGGAUACGCGACGCCAAGUCCAACGCGUACUGCUACCACAGCCCCGUGCGGCUGAGCCCCUGGACGAAGCGUUGUCGGCGGCGCUACGACGCGGCCGUGGCUAUCUUUGAGGACCAUCUCGGCGUCAAGCUGCAUCCGUACUUUGAAGAGGACCUGCACACGACAUUGCACGAGCUGGACUCGCUGGAUUCGUGGGCCACGGCGCUCGAGCAAUCGAGCAGCAGCAAUCGAAUAGGCUACAUUUGA